AUGGCAGUCUAUCAGCUCCUUUAUGACGAGUACGGGCCCCGUAACUGGUGGCCCGGCGAAGGACCCUUCGACGUCAUAGUGGGUGCCAUCCUGACCCAGGCCGCGUCGUGGAAGAACGUGGAACUUGCCCUGUCCAACCUCAAAGCGGCGGACUGCUGGUCCUUCAAAGCCAUUGACGCCUGCCCUCCGGCGGAACUGGCCGAAAUCGUCCGUCCCUCCGGGUACUUCAAUGCCAAAGCCGCCAAGCUCCAGGCCUUCGCCGCCCACGUCCUUCAGCAAUACGAGGGCGAUCUGGACCGGAUGUUUGCCCUGGAUACGGAGCUACUACGGGAGGAACUGCUGUCCAUCCACGGCAUCGGCCCGGAGACAGCGGACGAUAUUCUGGUAUAUGCUGCCCUAAAACCCUCCUUCGUCAUAGACACUUACACCAUCCGAAUCCUGGAGCGGCUGGGCAUUAAACCUGGUCAAGAGCGGCCAAAGUACGGACACUGGCAGCAAUUAUUCCAUGAGCAAUUACCCGCCGAAGUCCAACUGUUCAACGAGUUUCACGCCCUGCUGGAUCACCACGCCGGCCAAUCCUGCCGGAAGACGCCAGUCUGCAACGGCUGCUGCCUCCUGGACAUCUGUGCUACCGGACAGGCCGCCGAGGCCGCCGAUAUUGCAAACAGACCAGCGUGA